AUGAGGCUCAGCACCGCCAUCGUUAGCGCCGCCUCCAUCUUCUCGGUCGCCGCUCGAGUCAUCGACUGGCCCAUCAGUAAUGAAUCCGAGCUGCAACCCACAAUAGCCUUCUGGGACGACGACUACGCCGCCUCUGGCGAAUGGACUACCUACACUGCCAAAGGCGGCGCCCUCAUGUGUGCCCUCCAAGGCAGCGACCAAACUGCCGGCCUCCAACUAAAAGACACACGCUCCCCGCCCUCGGCCGCCAGCCACUUCAACACCGACCUCAAGACCGAACUGCACACAUGGUACUGGCGCAGCGUGGACCCCGCAUCCUUCAGCUGCAGUUUCUCCGACCACUGGGGCUUCUCCAAGGCCAUGCAGGCGCUGGGCCUCAGCGGGAAGCCGGCGUCGCAAGGCGGGGACAACAAGUGCUAUCGUAUUGAACACUGGGAUCCUGAAAAAAGAGACGACAAUGGGAACCAGAUUCCGGCUUUGAACCAGUGGUAUAAUGUCGCUGGCAUUGAGCAGCAGUUUCGCGCGACAAAAGCCCAUUACGAAUUCGCCGUCAACACGGCCGGCGGCGCAAUCUACGGCCUUUUUCUCCUCAGCCCCCAGGCCUCUGCCAAAUCCCUCUGGCACGCCGACAAAAAAGAUGCAGACAAAAAUGCCCUGCCCCAGCUGCGCCUCUUUUCAGAUAUCCUGUGGGGCUUCUGGGUGCGCGACAACCCAAAUGUAAAGAAUAUUCGCUAUUUCCUGAUGAUUGGCAUUUCAAACGACGUCACGAAUCGCCUGAUUGCUUCGUGUCUGCGUGAUGUGGGCAGCGAGUUGAGCGCCUGGCCGGGAACACAGUUCACCAUGGAUACAGAACAGGGACAUGCGCUGUUGGGAUCUCCCAACGGAGCGGCCUUUGCGUAUUUCCUCAUCCAGCACAAGGCGCAGCUGGGCCAGAAGACAAUUACAAAGGUGACUGUGUUUAGGCCUGAAAACGAUGACGAUAUUGCCUUUGUGGAUGCCUCGUUGUGCUUUCACGUGGAAGAUGGGGUGCUGGCGGGGGACGAUGGUGCUGGUGGCGACGGCGACGGCGACGGUAGAGAUGGAGGCGACGCUCCUGCAAUCGAGGUCAAGAAUGACUAUCUCAUCCGCGAGACCAUGGUCCAGCCGGAUAAAGGGAAUAGCAUCACGAGGGUGCACGAAGUGUAUUUGUGA